ACCUACCGGCAGCAGACGCAGGCCGCAGCGCCCCCAUAACAAAAAGCACCCGCACCUCCAUUCCCCACCUCUCGCUCGCUCUCUCCCUCCUCCUCUCACCCCUUCAAACCAAAACCCAAACACCACCGCCUCCGCCACUCGUCACUGCAGCAGAGAGCCGAGAGGAGAGCCGCAUUGCCAAACCAGGCGAAGCCGCAGCGCCGCACGCGCCCGCCCCACACCGCGCACGCGACGGCCGGACCGAGCCGGGGAGGCGCCACCGCCGCCACCUACCCCAGCCUACGCGCUUUGGCUUGGCGCUAGCGCUCGCAAGUAGUUGCGGGCUAGCAGCGGGGGCCGAGAUUCCAAAGGGAAAAGGCCCCGGGAGCAAAAGGGAGGCGAGGUGCGGAGGAGGGGAAAAGCGGGGAGUGGGCAGUGGGGGGGAGGGAGUCCAGUCCAAUCCAAUCCAGCCCGACACCGGCCGACGCGGCUGCGCAGGCAGCGGUGACUGGCUGGCUGGAAGGGAAGUGUGCUCGGCAAGCGACGCACGCCACCGACACCGGCACCGACACCCCCGCGCCGAUCGGAGCCGCGCGCCAGAUCCAACGUCCCGCCGGAAUCGCGGCGGAUUCCGGCGACCGCGGCCACGCCCCGGAUCUGCAUUCCGCGCAGGGCCUCCUCCUGACCGCCUCGCGGCCUCGCCUCCCCCAAUACUCUGCAACCAAUGGAUCGCCGCAGCUGGCCUUGGAAGAAGAAAUCAUCUGAUAAAUCAUCAAAUGCAGAUGCGUUGCAGAAUUCCAAUCAAGAACAGGAAGAUAAGGCUCCAAAAUUUGUGCAAAUUUCACCUGAAACAUAUGCACAUCUUACUGAGUCAGAGGAAAAAGUAAAAGGUUUAGAAGAAAAUGUGAAGGUCUUGAAUGAACAACUCUCUGGAGCACAAUCUGAGAUCACAACCAAAGAUGCCCUAGUGAAACAGCAUGCAAAAGUUGCCGAAGAAGCUGUAUCAGGUUGGGAGAAAGCUGAAGCAGAGGCCUCGGCACUGAAGCUUCAGCUAGAAACUGUUACAUUGUCUAAGCUAGCAGCUGAAGAAAGAGCUGCCCAUCUGGAUGGUGCUUUGAAAGAAUGCAUGAAGCAAGUAAGAACUGUUAAGGAAGAAGGUGAGCAGAAGCUACACGAUGUAGUCUUUGCAAAAACCAAGCAGUGGGAGAAGAUAAAGGCCGAGUUCGAAGCAAAAUUACUUGAAUUUGAACAGGAAUUCAUAAGGGCUGGCGCUGAGAAUGAUGCACUCACAAGAUCACUCCAAGAACGGGCAGAAUUGUUGAUGAAAAUUGAUGAAGAAAAAGCUCAAGCAGAAGCUGAGAUUGAAGUCUUGAAAAGCACAAUCCAGUCAGGGGAAAGGGAGAUAAAUUCCCUAAAAUAUGAACUGCAUGUUGUCUCCAAAGAGCUUGAAAUCCGCAAUGAAGAAAAGAACAUGAGUGUGCGCUCAGCUGAUGUAGCAACUAAACAGCACCAGGAAGAUGUCAAGAAAAUAUCAAAACUUGAAGCUGAAUGCCAAAGAUUGCGUGGCCUUGUUCGGAAGAAGUUACCUGGUCCAGCUGCACUAGCUCAAAUGAAAAUGGAGGUGGAGAGCUUGGGCAGAGAGUAUGGAGACCACAGAGUACGACGAUCCCCUACAAAGAAUUCUGGUUUCCAUCGUCCCAUGUCUCCUAUGUCUCCUGUUCCUGAUUAUGCCAUAGAGAACUUACAGCACAUGCAGAGAGAGAAUGAGUUUCUAACUGCUCGUCUAUUAACAAUGGAAGAAGAAACCAAGAUGCUAAAAGAGGCACUGACAAAGCGAAACAGUGAGCUGCAGGCAUCAAGAAGCAUGUAUGCUAAAACAGCAGGCAAGCUCCGAAGCUUGGAGGUUCAAAUGUUGACUGGAAACCAACAUAAGAGUCCAUCAACUCCAAACAUGGAUAUUCACUUUGAUGGUGCACUGAGCCAAAAUGGAAGCAACCCACCUAGCAUGACUUCAAUGUCUGAAGAUGGUGUUGAUGAUGAAGGAAGUUGCACGGAAUCUUGGGCCAAUGCUCUAGUAUCUGAGCUCUCUCACUUCAAGAAAGAGAAAGCGGCCAAGAGCAGUGCGACAGAAGGCUCCAAUAGGUUGGAACUCAUGGAUGACUUCUUAGAGAUGGAGAGAUUAGCGUGUUUGACUUCUGAGGCUAAUGGCAAUGGCAGUACUAUUGACAAAAUGAAGAUAGAUGAAGUUGGGGCUACUUUGUCCAGUGUUACUGAAAGAGACGGUGUUAAAGAUUUGCAGUCAGCUUCACCAAUGUCAGAGACUCCAUCUAGUAAACAGCAGCUAUCUGAGAAAUCUUCACUUUUGAAAUUACAGUCAAGAAUAUCUUCCUUACUUGAUUCUGAAUCACUAGAGAACAAUUCAGGAAAGAUGCUUGAUAGUAUUAGAAAUAUCCUAAAGGAUAUUGAAGAUGAGGCAGAUUCAAUGAAUACAAAUGGUAAUCAUCACUUGGAUGCGACCUUAAAUUCAGGGAGCAAAUGCACCAUGGAUCAAGAACUAAAGAGUGCCAUAUUGAAGAUUCAAGACUUUGUCAAGUUACUUGAUCAAGAACUCUCCAAGUUUCAAGGCCAAUCAUCUGACUAUGAUGGGCUAUGUGAGAAAACACAACACUUCUCUGCAUUAGUUGACAAAGUUCUGUCAAAUGAUAAUGGCCUAAAUGACCUUGUCAUGGCACUAUCCGUGAUCUUGUCAGAAACUGGUCAGAUUAAGUUCGCAAUGUCGAGAGACAACAGCAAUGAAGCAGAAAGUAAUAAUUUAGAUUGUGUUGAUAAAGUGACUCUACUUGAAAACAAGGUUCAGCCUGAGCCGGUAAAGGACAAUGUUUCUGGUCUCUGUACACUACUGCCUCGUUCAUCUUCUGAUCCUGAGUUUGAGGGGCCUGCUGAUUCUGGAUUUGAUGCUAAGACUACACUGAAGAUAUGCUCACCAGAGGAAUAUGAACAACUUAAAUCUGAGAAGAUCAAUUUGGAGGUAGAAUUAGCGAAGUGCAACAAAAUAAUAGAAGAAACAAAUGUUAGAUUAAGUGAUAUGGAGAAAAGCUUGGAAGACCUCACAGCCAAGUUGGUUGACAGUGAGAAAUCAAAUAGCUUGAGUGAGACACAGUUGAAGUGUAUGGCUGAAUCCUACAAGUCACUUGAAUCAAGAAAAGUUGAAUUAGAGAAUGAGAUACAAGUAUUGCGGUCCAAAAUAGAUACUUUGACAGAUGAACUCACUGAUGAAAGACAAAGUCAUCAGGAGGACUUAGCCAAAUACAAAGAUCUCGAGGAGAAGAUGGAAAGGUAUGAGUUGGAGAGGAGUUCAAUGUUUGUGGAUGAGGAUCCAGAUACCAAUUCAAAGCAGGAGAAAGAGAUAGCAGCAGCAGCUGAGAAGCUGGCAGAGUGCCAGGAGACAAUGCUUAUUCUCGGCCGUCAGCUGCAAGCUAUGCGUCCUCCAGCCGAGUCUUUAGGUUCUUCACCCAACCGGCAGCGUAUGGAGGACUUUCUGCAGGAUGCUGUAGGAACAACGGCAGGAGAGUUUUCCCAGAAGCCGGGAGGCCAACCUGAUACAGACCAGGAAAUGCUAGGGACAGGAAAUGAGUCUCCGAUCAAUGGAUUCAAGACGCACAUGACCCCUUCUGACGUGGACGGAAGCCCUUUUCCUUCUCCGAACAGCUCCAAGCGUCCCAAGCAUCGAUCUAGAUCCUCUUCAUCUUCAUCUUUCACUAACCAACAAUUGGCGGAGAAACAAAGCCGGGGAUUUAGUCGGUUCUUCACAAAGGGCAAAGAGUGAAAAAUUCUCCUGGCUGCCGCAUCAGGUUUGUUAAUUAUUGGCGCCAAAUGGGUGGGGGAUGGUGGAGACCAUGAAUUUCUGUAGAGCUAGUGGGGCAAGCCUGCUUGUGUAUUCUCUCAGGUGAUGCCUUGGGUUGCUGCAAUAAUACUCAGCUUGCGGUCAAGCAGGUUGUGGCGAGAGUGUGUGUGGGAAUGUAAGCCAUCGGUAUCUUCUGCUAGAGCUUCUCCGGGUUGCUGUGUGUUUGAAACCUCACUAAAACCUCACUGUACAUGUGCUUACUUGCCUGAAGAAGAGCAUGGUUGUUGGUUUGUGUUGAAUCCUCUUGUGAAGUAGCCUGUAUAUUGGCAUUGGACUGA